AGCCGAAGAGGCACCGCACCCGUUUCACGCCCACGCAGCUGAAUGAGUUGGAACGUUCCUUUACCAAGACCCACUACCCAGAUAUCUUCAUGCGGGAGGAGCUCGCCAUGAGAAUCGGCCUGACGGAGAGCCGAGUGCAGGUAUGGUUCCAAAACAGAAGGGCGAAAUGGAAGAAACGUAAGAAAAGCAACUCCGUCUUUCGCUCUGCCGGUUCCCUGUUGCCCUCCCCGUCCCUGCCUCCCCUUCCCUCCCAUGGGCGGCGACUCCUUCGGGUCCAUGUUUCCCUCGUCGGACACCCGUUGGACCAUGGGCGGAAUGGGACCUAUCAAUACAGGCAUGGGCACCGGCACCUUGGGUCUGACCUCGCCCCUCCAGCGGCAGGGUCUGGGGCAGCUGGGACAAGGGGGCAUGACUAUCUCCCAGUCCUUCAGUCAGUCCCUGGGGCAAGGCUUUGGUCAGGGAUUAGGGCAGGGAUUGGGGCAGGGGUUCGGUCUGGGCCAGGGACAAGGGUUGGGGCUUGGACAGGGCCAGGGGCUGAGUCAGGGAUUCGGGCAAGGUUUGGGGCAGGGUCUAGGGGGCUCCACGUCUCCCCUGCCUAGUGGUCUGUCUAAUAUGGGGGGUGGUACUCCUACUUCGAUGUACCAGCCUCACUACCAGGCGUUCACCUCCCUCAACACUGCCCUUGGGGACUACACAGGCUCUCCACUGAACUCCCCGGGGCUCCCCUCUGGUCUCGGCUCCCCGGCUACGCCCCCAAACAGCGGAUCCUCUUCGCCAGCCACUCACCAUCACCACCAACACCACCAGCAGCAGCAACACCAGCAGCAGCACCACCACCACCACCAGCAACUCAACACACACCAGCAGCAUCAACAGCAGCAUCAACACCAACAAGAGGGGAACUGUAUGGGGUCAAUGGGGUCAAUGGGGUCAAUGGGCGGGGAGGAUAUGUGGCGCGGCACCAGUAUUGCACAGUUACGGAGGAAAGCUAUUGAACAUUCUAUCAGUUUUAAGUGAAAGGAUUGUUUGUGUUUGUGUUGUGUUGUGUUGUGUGUGGGUUUGUUUGGGUGUGUGUGUGUGUGUGUGUUUGUUUAGUAGGUUUGUGUAUCUUUGUGUGUGUGUGUGUGUGUGUGUGUGUGUGUAUGAAUGUGGGUCUUCUCAAACUCCUCCUCCUCCUCCUCCUCCUCCUUCUCCUUCUCCUCCUCCUCCUCCUCCUCCUCCUCCAGUCUAUGCCAUUCUUCUUUACAAAAAUAUCCCUUUAUUUUUCAACUCAUGUACCCAAAAUUGUAACACUGUCUUGCCAUUAUCAAAUAAAAGUGAGUGAAAAAAAAAGAAAAUGGUGAAAAUGAGAGAGAGAGAGAGAGAGAGAGAGAGAGAGAGAGAGAGAGAGAGAGAGAGAGAGAGAGAGAGAGAGAGAGAGAGAAAUCAUGUUUACCUUCAAAAAUAAUUAGUGUUAACAAUGUCUGGGAGAGAGGGAGAGAAAGAGAGAGAGAAAAAAAAAAGUUAGAGAGCGAGAAAGAAAAAAAAAACAAGGAAAAAAAAAAAAGGAAAUGUCAAAAUCACAGCUGAAAAAAAGAAAGGAAAAAAAAAAAGGAAAAAUAGACAGGAAGAGAAAAACAAACACACAACACAACAAUAUUUUCCCUGCAUUUCUUUCCUUUCUUUUUUCCCUUCCCCAAAUCGUAAUCCUUUAUGACAGUGACCGCAGACCCCGCCCCGCCCCGCUUGCCCCGCCCCGCACCUCCCCGCCCCGCCCCGCCCCGCCCCGCUCAUAAUAUGGCCAAUCUACUGCUAAUAUUUCCACGUCUCUCAGGGGGUACACGGGGAACAGCGAAGGGGGGAAGGGGGAAGGGGGUAUAGGAGAGGUUAUGGUGUGGAGGGGGUAGGUGGAGGGAAGGGGGGUGUGUGUGGUUGUGGUAGUGGUGGUAGGGAGAGAAGAGGAGGGAGUGAGGGAGAGAGGGAGAGGGAGGGAGAGAGAAUAUAUCUAUGUCUGUCUGUGUGUGUGUGUGUGUGUGUGUGUGUGUGUGUGUGUGUGUGUGUGUGUGUGUGUGUGUGUGUGUGUGUGUGUGUGUGUGUGUGUGUGUGUGUGUGUGUGUACCCAUGUCAGUUUGCUUGUCUGUCUGUGUGCCUGUCUGCCUGUCUGUUCACUUGCGUGUCUGUCUGUCUGUCUGUCUGUCUGUCUGUCUGUGUAUCUGUCUACCACCAAACCAACAAGACAUAGCGAAAAUAAAAUAAAAAAAAAUAUAUAUACACAACUAAACACACACAUGCAUAAACAAACACGAACGUACAUUAAAAAAAAUAAAUAAAAACAAUAGCAAGUACGAUUUUUUACCAACACACGCACACGAAAUUAAACAAAAAAAAAAAAAAAAAGAAAAGAAAAAAAAAUACAUACACAACACAAUAUAAUCUUCAAGGAAAGGUCAGAGUGGGUCAGUCCUCACGCCCAUAGCCACGCCCAUUGCCACGCCCAUAGCCACGCCCAUAGCCACGCCCCUAAGACACGCCCACGCCCCUCAGACACGCCCAGCUCACCCCCAGUUCCCCUCAUCCAUUCCCUCUAACAUAUUCCUACCCUUCCCGCCCCUUCCCGCCCCUUCACGCCCCUCCACGCCCCACCACAGGUUCUCCUCACCCACUCACCCCCUUCCUUCACCCCUUCCCGCCCCAUUUCGCGUCUCUAAUGGAAGGUUUAUAUGGUUGUAGCCUUUGCGCUGUUUUGUAAUGGUGUUUUUAUGAAGGUGUGUGUGUGUGUGUGUGUGUGUGUGUGUGUGUGUGUGUGUGUGUGUGUGUGUGUUGCUUUCCCCCUCAAUUCCCGUUAAUAAAAGCUAAUAAAAAAAGUCUCUGUCCCUUACAAGUAUACGGUUGGUGUAUAGUUAUGUAUAUGUUGAGCUCGAAAAUAUACGGCAGGGUGUAUACUCCACACACACACACACACACACACACACACACACACACACACACACACACACACACACAUAUACACAUACACACACUCUCUUACCUCCAAACACGCAUGUACAUACACCAAGUACCUUCCACACACACACACACAUACACACCUAUACAAGCCAGUAUACAUCCUGCAUGAAUAAUUUACGUAUACAUAUAGUUAAAUAAACGUAUUCGUCACCGCAAUGUAUAACCCUAGAAGUGAGUAAUAAUAAUAAUAAUAAUAAUAAUAAUAAUAAUAAUAAUAAUAAUAAUAAUAAUAAUAAUAAUAAUAAUAUAACCUAGAAACCAUGAGUAAGUAUUGCAGUUUUUUCAGUGUCCCCUUCACCCCCCCCCCACGGAAACCCCCCGCCCAUACCCCCACCCAUUACAAAGCGCUACCUGUCUGUUAAUAGCCCCUUAUACAUCCCUAGCUCUCAAACUACACCCAAAAUACACCAAAAUACACCUGAGAUUAAUACUCUUUUUUACACCUUCAAAUUACACCCCGUGACACACUUAAGAUACACCGUUUAUACCUUUAACAUAUCCUCUAUACUUGAAAUACACCCUACAUGUCCUUCUUACUUCCUUUACACCUCAAAUUACAGCGUCACCCUAAACUACAGUCAAAACAGCCUUUACACCCUUGAAAUAUAGUUAAUAUGCUUCCUUUUCACCCUCAGUACACAGUCUUAACGCAGUCUACCCUUCAUAACCUUGAAAUACUGAAACUACACCUUAAAUUCACCCUUUAAAGCUUCAAAAUACACCCUUAAUUAAUAUACCCUUUGAAUACGCCUUUAAUUAACACCCUCACCCUCAGAAUACACCCUUAAUUAAUACACACUCGGAAUACACCCUUAAUUGAUACAUACACCAUCAAAAUACACUCUUAUCACACUAUUUACACCCUCAACAUUGUGUCAGGCAUACAAACACACACUUACGACAGGGAGAGAUUAUGCACAUCAGUUCUCGAUCUCUCUCUAACUCUUCCUUUAUCACAAUGUUCUCUUAUAUUCCUCUCUUCUCCUCCUCCUCCUUCUCCUCCUCCCCCGUCCCCCGAGUUGUCCCCCAGGGCAAGGCUCCCCAGCAGAGGUAUGCAGCACGUGUUUGUACUUCAAUAGCUCCGUGUCGUAAACGCUGUAAGCUUUGUAAAUAAAACCGCGAAUAGCAAG